CUGAUUGGAUGAACAGUGUCGAGCUCUGCUGCUGAUUGGGUGACUGUUCCACACCUCCUUAGUUGAUUGGAUGUUCUGUACUUCUAAAUAAGAUGGCGGCGGUGCGGUUUGUGCGGUGCUGGAGUCGGACUCUGGGUCGCACGAAAUGUGUGCGGCAAUUGAGUUCCUGCAGCAGGAUCUUGGGGGUCCAUUCCCCACAUCCCAGAAGACCACCGCCUGGGGUCUUUCUUCAGCCAUUGCACAGAUUCUUCAGAAGUGCCUCAGUCUUGAAUGGCCAGAUUGUUCAGUUCAAGCUGUCAGACAUUGGAGAAGGAAUCACUGAGGUUACAGUAAAAGACUGGUAUGUCAAGGAGGGUGACACUGUGUCCCAGUUUGACAGUAUUUGUGAGGUGCAGAGUGACAAGGCUUCUGUGACAAUCACUAGCCGUUAUGAUGGAGUUAUCAGGAAGCUACAUUACAACGUGGAUGAGAUCGCACUGGUGGGAAAACCGCUGGUGGACAUUGAGACAGACGUAUUAAAGGAUGUGGCCCCAGAGGAAGAUGUGGUGGAGACCCCAGCAGUGUCUCAUGAGGAGCACACCCACCAGGCGAUAAAGGGACACAAGACUCUGGCGACUCCAGCUGUGCGCCGUCUCGCUAUGGAGAACAACAUCAAGUUGAGUGAGGUGGUGGGCAGCGGGCGUGAUGGGCGCAUCCUUAAAGAAGACAUCCUGAGCUUUCUAGCCAAGCAAACUGGAGCCAUCCUGCCCCCCUCCCCCCAGAUCGAGAUCACACCCCCACCCCCACAGGCAGAGGUUCACACGCCCUAUGAGAAACUCCCCAGUAUCCAUGCGUCUCUUACCAAACCCGCAGUGUUCACAGGAAAGGACGUCACUGAGCCUUUGAAAGGGUUCCACAGGGCAAUGGUAAAGACCAUGUCAGCAGCACUGAAAAUCCCCCACUUUGGGUAUUGUGAUGAGUUGGACAUAACAAGGCUGGUGCAGCUAAGAGAGGAGCUGAAGCCGGUGGCCGAGGCCCGUGGAGUCCGUCUGUCCUUUAUGCCGUUCUUUCUAAAGGCUGCCAGUUUGGGCUUACAGCAGUACCCAAUACUCAAUGCAUCGGUGGAUGAGAGCUGCCAGAACAUUACCUACAAGGCCUCACAUAAUAUUGGAAUCGCUAUGGACACUCGCCAAGGCCUCAUUGUGCCUAAUGUGAAGAACGUGCAGGUUCGCAGCAUCUUUGAGAUUGCGGCUGAGCUGAAUCGCUUGCAAGCCCUGGGGGCCACAGGACAGCUUGGGGCCAGUGACCUGACUGGUGGGACUUUUACGCUGUCUAAUAUUGGAUCGAUUGGGGGCACCUACGCCAAACCAGUUAUAUUACCCCCUGAGGUGGCAAUAGGAGCCCUCGGAAAACUGCAGGGUCUACCCCGGUUUGACUCCAGUGGGCAGCUUGUUGAGGCUCAGAUUAUAAAUGUCAGCUGGUCAGCAGAUCACCGAAUCAUUGAUGGGGCCACUAUGGCGCGUUUCUCUAAUCUCUGGAAAUCCUUCCUGGAAAACCCGUCUUCUAUGCUGCUAGAACUGAAGUGAUUCCGGGGCUCACUCCUCAUCAGAGACCUUUGCAAAGUGAUGGGCGCGACCUUCCUCUGCCCCUGGCAUUGCUGGACAAUAGAGAUUAGUGCGGGGGAAGAGAGGAGGCUUGGUAUCCUGAUGGGUCACUUCUGCCCAAGAUUGAGAGGAGCCGGGGUGUACACCCAUUAUUCCUGUAUCAUAGGAGAUGUCUGUUUACUGAAGUCCUACAGUGGGAAUAUGAAAUCGGCUGCUGUUCUAUAAUCAGAAGAAUUAACACGUCAGCUCAUUUCUCUAUUACAAGUGCAGAACUUCAGUGAAUAGAUUCUUUUAUGAUGGGCAGAAGGUUUGGGUCAUGUGUAUAAAUGUUUGGAUACACGGCCCCUGUAAGCUGACGGCUGGGGUCAUAGGACACUAUAGGGGGUGGAGACCCUGGGAAGCGUUUAUUCCCAACUGUUACACGACAUGCAGGGAAUUAAUUGUGACAAAUCUUAUGACUUUUUAAAGGUUUUUAGAAUUCUGGGUGAGAGAACAAAUCCUGAUACACACUCCAGAGGGGACUUUCUGAAUAAAAAGGAGCAUAUGACAAAAUGCAUAA